ACUGCGUUCACACAACUAGAACAACAUGUCGACACUACCCGCGGCGCUUGCGCCGCUGAUGCACAGCAGAUUUCUUAUUGGUCUUGCCAAGUCUUUUGGCGUUAUCUUGGCCUCUGAAAUCGGGGACAAGACAUUUUUCAUCGCAGCGGUUAUGGCGAUGCGCAACCCGCGAAUGACGGUGUUCGCCGGUGCGAUAGGUGCCCUGGCUGCUAUGACGGUGCUAUCAGCCGCUUUGGGUUGGGCAGCUCCAAAUUUGAUCUCCAAAGUUUACACUCAUUAUGCGGCAGUAGCACUCUUCUUCUUCUUCGGACUUAAAACUUUGUAUGACGCCUUCUUCAAGAAGGAUGAGGGAGAAGAAUCAGAGCUUGAGCAAGUGGAGCACGAGCUCAGCGAUAUGAACAAGAGCAAGAGCGCAGGGAAGGACAUGAAGGACAUGGAGAAACGGAGGACUAACAUCAUGGUUGCGUUGCUAGGAAUGCUCUUUUCCCAGAUCUUCUUGAAAUCGUUCACGCUUACGUUUCUUGCGGAGUGGGGCGACCGCAGCCAAAUAGCCACGAUCGGGCUGGCGGCCUCGGAAGACGUGGUAGGAGUUACCAUCGGCGGUAUCCUAGGACACAGUGCGUGUACGGGCGCCGCCGUGAUCGGCGGGCGCCACCUAGCUACCCACAUUAACGAGCACACAGUCGCGAUCUUUGGCGGCGUCAUGUUCUUGUUGUUUGGCGCGCACGCUCUUUGGACAGGGCCGUAAUGACAGCGCUUUGCUGUAAUCAGCCUAUUACUUAUGCGCAGCAGCCCGCUAGACCUGGAGCUGCAGCGAAAGUUUUGCACGCACUCGCCAGAAUGGCGCCGGUCGUGUUGAGCUGCUAUCCUGAAGGCUACUUUUGGCUGCGAUGGCGCAUCAUCGAUGGAUCAUUCUUCCGUCGCCCUGCAGCGGAUAGACAUUUGCAUGGGAUUUGGCCUGCGGUUCUGGCUACUCAUCUGAGAUCUGCAUCUGCAGUGAGAGGAGUGAGGGGCGAUGCGUCAGCUCGAAAGUGGCCGCGGCUUGAGCUGGCUAGGCCUGGCGACGGAAGGGCAUCAGCUGGGCCGUGGCAAAAUUAUGCGGCAGUUGUUCGAGGCUAGGGCCGCAGGGUUUAUAUGUCGGUGCAACCGCUCUUGUGCUCUAGGUCAGCUGCAAUUAGUAUGUACCAGCAGCAUUGGACCGACAUUUUCAUGGCGUCGCAACUUAGCAAAAACUCUCGAUGUGGGUCUUCCCGCAAGUGGGUCAUCCGGAGCGUGCCUCUUGUGCCUGUUGUGGACCCCAGCCAGCUUUUGCCGAUGGCCUUUGCCUGCCUUUCAUACUGGAAAAGCACUCGCGUGGAAUUACCCAAAACAGUGGCCGAGCACGGGCGCCAUCUGUGCGCCGCGAUGCUGCACAUCAUUCCGGCAGGAGGCAUUGCCAUGGAGCGGGCGUUAGUGCAUCAGCUUCUGUGGCGUUGCAUUGGGUGCAGCGGCGGGAAUCAGGGCGACGAAUUGCGAAUUCCAGGGCCGUGCGCCAAGGGAGGUCCCAGCAGCUAUGAAGGGCCGACUUUCUGAUGACCUGAGCAGGGUCGCACCUGGCCGCUUGGCCCGGCUUUAUAUCUCUCUGUCAGACGCGUUGGACACCCAUUUUCCAGACUGAAGCAGCUUCGGGUCGCUGUUUCGUACAGAUGUCGGAGCUUAUCAUCACAUGGGAGUCCCACUGGGCAGUAGCUUGUCCCUGCCGCCUUCUGGCAUGGCGCCUGUUUGGGUUUGGGUUGGGCGGCCCUAGUUAGUUGCAGGCAUGUGGGCCGGUGGAGCUGUCCGAGACGUGGUGGGUGGGGUUCAGCUGGGGCGUGCGCACCUAAAAAGGAUGUGUCCGUGCAGGUUGCGAUGCUGUGCCGAAAGAUACGAUGUAUGAAGUUAUGGUGACAUAUUCGUAAGAGGGUCCAAGCACACAGCUGUUAGUUACAGCGGAAGCUCGGUGAGAUGCCGGUUGGUGGUGCCAGUCCGGUUCGAGGGACUUCAAGGAUCGCAUGACUUUGACCAAUCUCAGUGCUGUGUGUCGUCUCUCUAGUUUUAUCAGUGGGGGUGUCGCUGUGAAGUAGUCCUUGAUGCAUGUUCAGGUCUGGACCAGACCAGGCGGAAGAAGUCUAGAUGGGGCGGAAUAGUCUGAUCUUCGCAGCCUCCCACGCGAGCGUGCGGGGCAAGUGGCGGCUAUUGUACAGGGGUGGGGCUUAUGGCUAGCGCCCGUCAUCAUAUCGCAUAUAGGCAUAUUAGCAUCGCAAAUGAAAUUGUGGAGCGGAGGAACACCGCAGCGGAGGACUUUCAGCAGGUGGCCUUGGUCGCCUGUGAGGAGAACGCCCUGCCAAACCGGAGACCUGGCGGUUCCUGUGGUCGGCUGUCGAUGUAAGGGUCGCAAG